UUGCUAUUACAAUCAAAUUUCAAAUAUAAUUGCAUUAAUAUUGUAGCUAAAUUUCAUCAAGAUGAACGUGGGUUUAAAUGAGUUUGAUGUUGUAAUGGAACAAAUUGGUUUUGGUAAGGUGCAUUGCUAUAUAAUGUUAACUCUCGGCUGUUGCCAGAUGUUAACUAUACACGAAACCAUGGGCAUGGGUAUUAUUGCACCCGCUGCAGUCUGCGAUUUACACAUGAGCCUGGUCCAACUGGCAACAAUAACGGCAUCAGCAUUUCUGGGUAUCGUAUGUUCGUCCUAUUUCUGGGGCUACAUAGCGGAUAAGAUGGGACGAAGAUGGAUUCUGAUGCGUACGAUUUUAUUAAGUCAUUUGUUUUCUAUUAUGUCCAUGUUUAUGGUGGAUUUUACAUACUUUUUUGUUAUGCGUUUCAUAACUGGCAUAUUCGUAGCAGGUCCAAGCUUUGUGGCCGUCACUUAUCUAAGCGAAUUCUGUAGUCGUCAAAUGUUGGCGCGUACAGUGACUCACAUGUAUAUGUUCACGGGCUUUGCUAUGUUCUAUACACCUUCGUGGGCUACGCUGUUUCUAACUUCGAGUAUAAUGGAUUUCGACAUUCCGCUCUUUGGCAGCUUGACACUACGCCCAUGGCGACUCCUGGGCUGUCUGUUUAUGUUGCCUGGUGUGGUUGCAUUCUUUAUGCUGCUCAGAAUGCCCGAGAGUCCCAGAUUUCUGUUCAUGAUUGGUGAUAUGAAACAAGGUAUGUCAGCAAUGGACUGGAUUAGUGUAAAGAAUACAGGACAUCCAUUGAAUCCGGAGCAAGUGGCUUUGAUGCAAAGGUUCCACGAGAAAACGGAAGUAAGGCGUCAAAAACGUGGCAGCAAUCUAAUGCAAACUAUGCUCAAUGAUGCCAUGCCCCUCUUCCGAAAACCCUAUGUGGGCAUGUAUGUGGGCAGCUGCUAUGUUAUGUUCAGCUUGGGAUUGGUCGCACAUGGUGUUGGCAUUUGGUUUACAGCAAUGCGUAAUAGAUCAAAUAUGCGAGAGGAUAGUAUUGUUGACUUGACUGUCUGUAAAAUUCUGUUCAAUAAGUCGCCGCGACAUUUUGAAGACACUGAGGAUGAUAUUGUAAUGGCAUGCAACGAUGGCUUCAAGGGAUUUAACGAUUCUCUGAUAUUGGCACUAACCUAUAUUAUUAUAUACAAUAUAUUCUGGUUUAUGCUCUUCUUCUUGCCGCGCAAGCCGAUCUUUAUUGCUGCUCUGAUUAUUUCAUCUUCGUGUGGAUUUGCUUUGAUUUUCAUCACUGGACAUUGGCUGCAGCUAUUCUGCUUUAUUCUCUUUAUAGCAUUACCCGGUGUUGUCAUAAGCUUACUUGGCGGUGCUCUUCUGGAAUUUGUACCCACUUACCUGCGAGCCAAGGCGCUGUGUAUUAGCUUGAUGUGGUGUCGAUGUGGCGCAGCGAUGGGCACCACCUUAGUUGGCAUUUAUAUUGAAAAAAAUUGUGAAAUGACUAUUUUAUUGAUUGCCAUAUUCCCAAUGCUUUCUGCCAGUAUUGAAGGAUUUUUGCCACUGUAAAUUAAAAAUGUAGUUAGUUUAAUAGCUGAAUAAAUUUUAAAAUGUACCAUA